AUGUUUCUGCGUUUGGUGCAAGUUUGCCUUAUUCUGGCUCUGUGCAGCUCGAGCUCUGGCUUCAGCUGCCGAUGGAUCAGCCAUAAAUUCGGAGACCUCCAUGACCAAUACCUGAGGCUGCUGAGAGAAAUGUCUCUCUCUCUCUCUCUCUCUCUCUCUCUCUCUCACUCUCUCUCUCUCUCUCUCUCUCUCUCUCUCUCUCUGCAGCCGCAGAGGCAGGUGUGGUUGGUGGUUGAGGUUCUGGAGCAGAUCUCUGAGCUGCUGAACGAAGAUGAUUCCAUCUACUGGAACGAGAAGCAGAUGGGAAAUUUGUUAAGCACGCUGGAGCGUCAGACUGAGGGACUGCGCUCAUGUGUGACUCUCAGUAUGAGGAAGAAUAAAAGAUUGGCCUCAUACUUCAACCAACUGAGAAAUCUUACCCAAAACCCCACGGUCAGCACAUGGGAGCAGAUCAGAAAAGAGCUGCUGAAGGUUCUGAGCCUCCUGGAGUUUCUCCCUGCUCUCAGUGCAACAGAAUUCACUAAUUAG